AUUACAAUUUUUAAUUGUUAAUAUAAACAUAAUAAUUUUAUUAAAAGUGCAGUAAAAACAGUGUUGCGUGCAACAGUAAAAGUAAGCAUACAAACAAAAGAGGAUUAAGAAACGAAGCCUUGCGCAAUACACACACAAAGAUGAAGAGCUUUUGGCUUUUGCUAGCGCUGCUGAUCGGCACUGCGAACAGCCAAGAGGAUUUGCUCACAACAACAACGACAGCGGCGUCGCCUGGCAGCACGUCGGGUCGGCCGCCUCCACCGCGUGUUUUGAUAAACAAGUGUUGCCACCAUGGCGAGUAUUUGGUUGGCAGCACCUUGGAGUGCGUCGCUGGCGCGUCAGAGAAGUGGGUGCCGCUGGUCUAUCUGAAGCAGCAGAAUCGCUUCUUUGAGCCCAGAGGCGCCAAGCCACGGUUCAUGAAGUUCCUGGCGAACGUGCGGCCGCCUUGCCAGGCGCAGGGCCAGCAGCAGGAGCUGUUUAGUAGCCGUGACGCGAAUGUCGUACUCCUCACCAAUGGCACGAUGAAGGUGCACGAGCGUGGCCUGUUUAUCGAGCCAUCGCGCUACUGUGUGGAUCAAGGCGUGGCGCUGGUCUGCCUCGACAAAGACAAGAACAAGGAUCUGCAGACGCCAGUGGCUACUGAUGGUGCAGGUGGGUCAGCCUCCGCUGACGAUGCACUGCGUCCGGCCAGCUCGACAGCGCCCAUGCUGCGCCUGCGCAAAUGCUGCGGCAAGUGGGGCUACUACGAUACCGUGGCCAAGACCUGCAGCAUCCUGACGCCCGCCGAGCGCGGCUCGGACAGUGGGCAGUUGAAUCUGCCCAAUCUGGAGACGGGCAGCUACCAGACCACCUACGAGCUGCCCGACUGCAAGGGCAACGGCACUGGCUAUGCCAUAGCCGGGGACUGGCACGAGGCGACACUGAACCGGAGCAGCGGCUCCCUCCAGCUCAGCCACACGAAUCUGACGGCUGCGCAGUUCUGCCUGGAGCACACGCAGCGAACGGGCGAGGUGAAGAUCAUUGCCUGCACCCAGCACUUUGCGGACGACCACAACAAUGUCUCCUAUGGCGGGGCAAACGGCAGUCUGCAGAAGGCUGUGCUGGACGUGGGCAUCAUCAUAUCCAUUAUCUUUCUGGCGGCUACUCUGGUAGCCGGGUACAUGCUGCCGGCGGUGCAUCAUGCCCUGCACUGGCGAUGCCAGAUCUACUACGUGUUCUGCCUGCUGCUGGGCAAGAUUCUGCUGGCCAUCGAGGAGUUGAGCACGAGCCUGGAGCCGGGCACAGCGAGCUGCCUGCUCAUUGCCAUUGGCAUGCAGUUCUUCUUCCUGUCGGCCUUCUUCUGGCUGAACACGAUGUGCUUCAACAUCUGGUGGACAUUCCGAGACUUUCGUCCCAGCUCGCUGGAGCGCAAUCAGGAGUCGAUACGCCUGCGUCUAUACUCCGUCUACGCCUGGGGCUUGCCGCUGCUCAUCUGCGCCAUUGCCGCCUUUGUGGAUCAACUGCCGGAGACAGAGACCUCGAUGCUGCGGCCGGGCUUUGGUCAACCGUUUUGCUGGUUCGACAAUCGCUCGCUGACCAUCUUCGCCUACUUCUACGGCCCGAUCGGACUGCUGCUGUGCGCCAACAUUGUGCUCUUCAUCUCCACCACGCAUCAGCUGACGUGCGGGCUGUGGAAGCGCGACGAUGUCAAGUCCACGUCAGAGAAAUCGGCGCUGGGUCGCGUCUGCCUGAAGCUGGUGGUGGUGAUGGGCGUCACCUGGAUCUGGGACAUCAUCUCGUGGCUGGUGGGCGGGCCGCAUGGUGCCUGGCUGUUGACGGAUCUCAUCAAUGCCCUCCAGGGCGUCUUCAUAUUCAUUGUGGUCGGCUGCCAGCCGCAGGUGUGGACCGCCUGCAAGCGCAUCUGCUGUCCGCGGCUCCGACACGACAUCACCAACACCACCAAUGGCGUGCAGCAUUCGAGCAGCUCCCAGGGCCUGCCCUCCAUGGCCAAUGGCACCGAAUUCACCCAGAACAUCUCCAUGAACAACACGAUAACAACCAUGACGCCUGCCAGCCCCACCACAGAGGAUGCCCCCACCUCGAUACCAGCGACGGGCGACGGUCCAACAACCCAGCCCCCAUCACCAUCCCCACCCCCAGCAGGAGCAACACCACCACCACCAGCAGCAACAGCAACAGCAGCAAAGAUACCCCUGGAGACCAUUUGCUAAGGUAAGCUAUUUGAUC